AAUGGUAAAAGAAAAGCAAGCAAUUGUCUGGUUUUGAAGAACGCAAAAGCAGCUGAUUCACUGGGCGACAUCUCACCUCACCUGUGAGCUGUGUGGUUCACACCACGCGCUCUCUCUCUCCCCAUUUUCACAUAUUCACCAUUCCAUUCCAUUCCUUUCCUCUCCCUCUCCACUUCUCCCACCAAGCUCUCUCCCACCCAGGAAGGAAGGAAGGAAGGAAGGAAGAGGAAACGGAGGAGGGGCUUCUUGGGUCCGAUGGGUUCCGGCGGUAGUCGUCUGGGCGCGCACCCACGACCUCAUCGCCCCUCCCGCACCCGCAGCGUCAAACGAACCCUUUCCUCUCUUUUAAUCUGCGGUGCUUCUCCUUCCGAUUCAGCCCAUGAUCAGAUAGAAGAUCAUUCAGCUGAGUUGCUGAUCAAUUCUGCAAAACACAUUAGGUCAAAAAAGCUUAAGCCCCCAAGUAGGCGUUCUGCUGCUGCCUUGACUUGCUCUAAAAUUGAAAUUGGAGUUUCAUCUGCUGGCAAUGUGGUAGAUGGUCCAAGCAAUGUCAAUGGCAGUAAUACAGGACAAAGCUUUUCUGAGAAUAAGGAAGUAGCUCCCAAUAGUAUUCGUAGUGAAACUACUCAUACUGCCCCAGGGGAUCAACCCUUUCCAAUCUCUCUAUAUAGAAUGGAAAAUGUGGAUAACUCUGAAACAGCUAGUACAAGGGAUGAUGAUGGGUCACUGAUUUGUGCUGUGUCCACUCAAUUUAGCAGUCCAUCCCAUGGCGGUCUUGAAUCUCCAUCAGUUGAGGAGUUACUUGGAAACCACUCAGAUGAUGUUAUCAUAUUUAACAAUUGUGAUUCUGCCUCUGUAUCUGUUGUUUUGGACUCUCCAGUAACUUCCCUUUCUCCCAGAGAUGAUUUCUGUCAACAGACACCUCCGUCAUUCCCAGAGUUGGUGGUGUCAGAGAGGGAACAACAUCUAACAGAUGGAGGUAUACUUCAUGCUGAUAUUGAAAGUAUCUCUUCCAAUGUCCAUUCUAGCAGCUCUGCUGAGAGUAGUCAUGAACCUAGACGCAACAAUCGAAGGCUAUUUUGGGACGCCUUUUCAAGAAGGCGCCUUAGGAAUAAUGCAGAUUCCAGGACCUCUGUCUUUUCAAAUGAUGAUUCAGAUGAUGUAGGGCCUCAUGAAAGAUGGCCACAUGACCUUCGUGGUGGUGCCUUUCAUAAUGGGGUUGGAGGGAAUUUCAGGUCUCAUCAAAAUCGAUCUCAUGGUAGUAAUGAUCAACAUCAUUCAAGAUCAGAGGUUCAGGAAAGACAUCACAGUGGCAUUACUGCUAGUAAUAACCCAAUUGCAAACUGUCCAUCCGGUAUUCACCUUGAUGGUGCAUGUUCAUGUGAGUCGGUCUUGAUGACUGACGAAUCUGGCUCCCGUGCAAGUAUUUCACGUAUAGUCAUGCUUGCUGAAGCAUUAUUUGAGGUACUGGAUGAAAUACAUCGCCAACCUGCGCCACUUUCUUUAUCUAUGGCUUCACUUCCAGCACCAGAAGCAGUUGUUGAUUCUUUUCCAGUAAAGGAUCAUAUAAAGAAAGAAGGAUUAUUUGAUGGAAAUGAUGUAACAAAGUGCUACAUAUGUUUGGCUGAGUAUGAGGAAGGAGAUCAGAUACGAGUGCUCCCAUGCCACCAUGAGUUUCACAUGUCAUGUGUUGAUAAAUGGCUGAAAGAGAUACAUGGUGUGUGCCCACUUUGUCGUGGGGACGUUCAAGAGGGUUUUAUGGAGGAUACAACUACAAACGCAGAUAUUCCUUCCCCUUUUAGUUAAGUAUCUGGCAUAGAAGUCCGGCAUCCAGCCUUCUCAUUUUUGUCAUCCAGCCUUUGGUGGUGGUAUUUGUCAUAGGAACAGGAACAGGAGCGAAGCAAAACAUAUCUUUGAUUCUUUUCUGUACCAUUCUGGUCUUAUUUUUUUCCCUUCCCUUCCCAAAACAUAUCUGGCCUUAGCUGCUGCGACUCAAGAAAAAAGAAGCCACAGGAAUCAACCUUAUUACAAAUAUGUUGUUUUCUUUGUUUUUGUUUUUUGUUUGUUUUAAUGUUGCUUUGGCGGCGCACACAAAAUGGGUGGGUGGAUUGGAUUGUGCAAAGUUUAUGUAUGCCUUGUCAACCUUGUACAUAAAAAAAAUGUAGAUUGCUUCAGAAAUGAAAUCUCUUAGCUAGGCUAAUCUGAGGUCUGUCAGACAUUGUAUUACCUCAGUAUGGAUGAAUGCAAGAAUAAACUUGUAAUUUUCCUUCCA